UCCUGUGAUUCCAAACAGAAUGCCAGCAGCUACUCUGCAGCAAUGACAGAGCCCAAGUCCGUGUGCGUGUCGGUGGACGAGGUUGUGUCCAGCAACGUGGAUGAGGUUGAGACAGACCUGCUUAAUGGGCACCUGAAGAAGGUGGACAACAACUUCACAGAGGCCCAGCGCUUUUCCUCCUUGCCGCGGAGGGCAGCUGUGAACAUCGAAUUCAAGGACCUUUCCUAUUCUGUACCCGAGGGACCCUGGUGGAGGAAGAAAGGAUACAAGACCCUUUUGAAAGGGAUCUCUGGGAAAUUCAACAGUGGAGAGCUGGUGGCCAUCAUGGGUCCUUCUGGAGCUGGGAAGUCCACGCUCAUGAACAUUCUGGCGGGAUACAGGGAGACUGGCAUGAAGGGGGCAGUCCUUAUCAAUGGCAUGCCCCGGGACCUGCGCUGCUUCCGGAAGGUGUCAUGCUACAUCAUGCAGGAUGACAUGCUGCUGCCUCACCUCACUGUUCAGGAGGCCAUGAUGGUGUCGGCGCAUCUGAAGCUGCAGGAGAAGGACGAAGGCAGACGGGAGAUGGUCAAGGAGAUCCUGACAGCCCUGGGCUUGCUGCCCUGUGCCAACACCCGCACGGGGAGUCUCUCAGGUGGCCAGCGGAAACGCCUGGCCAUUGCACUGGAGCUGGUCAACAACCCUCCUGUCAUGUUCUUUGAUGAGCCCACCAGUGGCCUGGACAGCGCCUCCUGCUUCCAAGUGGUGUCCCUGAUGAAAGGGCUGGCCCAGGGCGGCCGCUCCAUCGUCUGCACCAUCCACCAACCCAGCGCCAAACUCUUUGAGCUCUUUGACCAGCUUUAUGUCCUAAGUCAAGGACAAUGCGUAUACCGGGGAAAGGUCUCGAAUCUCGUGCCGUAUCUGAGGGAUUUGGGUCUGAACUGCCCUACCUACCACAACCCGGCAGACUUUGUCAUGGAAGUGGCAUCAGGGGAGUAUGGGGAUCAGAACAGUCGCCUGGUGCGAGCCGUGCAGGAGGGCAUGUGUGACUCUGACUAUAAGAGAGAUCUCAGAGGUGACACGGAUGUGAACCCGUUUCUCUGGCACCGACCUGCUGAAGAGGACUCUGCCUCCAUGGAAGGUUGCCACAGCUUCUCGGCCAGCUGCCUCACGCAGUUCUGCAUCCUUUUCAAGAGGACCUUCCUCAGCAUCAUGCGGGACUCGGUCCUGACACACCUGCGAAUCACCUCACACAUUGGGAUCGGCCUGCUGAUCGGCCUGCUGUACCUGGGGAUUGGGAACGAAGCCAAGAAGGUUCUGAGCAACUCUGGCUUCCUCUUCUUCUCCAUGUUGUUCCUCAUGUUUGCCGCCCUCAUGCCCACCGUCCUGACCUUUCCCCUGGAGAUGAGUGUCUUCCUCCGAGAGCACCUGAACUACUGGUACAGCCUAAAGGCCUACUACCUGGCAAAGACCAUGGCUGAUGUCCCCUUUCAGAUCAUGUUCCCCGUGGCCUACUGCAGCAUCGUGUACUGGAUGACGUCGCAGCCGUCGGACGCUGUGCGCUUUGUGCUGUUUGCCGCUCUGGGCACCAUGACCUCGCUGGUGGCCCAGUCCUUAGGCCUACUGAUUGGAGCCGCGUCCACAUCUUUGCAGGUUGCGACGUUUGUGGGUCCCGUGACAGCCAUCCCUGUCCUGCUCUUCUCCGGAUUCUUUGUCAGCUUUGACACCAUCCCAGCCUACCUACAGUGGAUGUCCUACAUCUCCUACGUCAGAUACGGCUUCGAGGGGGUCAUCCUGUCCAUCUACGGCUUGGACCGAGAGGACCUGCACUGCGACAUCUCGGAGACGUGCCACUUCCAGAAGUCGGAGGCCAUCCUGCGGGAGCUGGAUGUGGAGAAUGCGAAGCUGUACCUGGAUUUCAUUGUCCUGGGCAUCUUCUUCAUCUCCCUACGGCUCAUCGCCUAUUUCGUCCUCAGAUACAAAAUCCGGGCUGAGAGGUAAAAACACCUCCAAGCCAGCAACGAGGCAAAGCAGACAUUGUGACCAAGGGCACUGCUGGGAAGUAGCAGCGCACCUGCUCCUGGUGACACAGACUCUCCCAACCCAACCUGGAGGCCGUGCAGGUUGACGAUGACCAGUGUUCGGAGCCUCUGCCCGCCGGGUUGGAACUGUUCGUUUCCUUUUCUAACUAGGAAGAUGUAGGAUGGUUGGGUUUUGUUUUUGUUUUUGUUUUUUUUUUUUUAACAUGUGGGAUUCAAAAUACAACUGGCAUAGAAGGUCAUCCUCUGCUCCAGCUGGGGACAAGAGGCUUCUUCGGUAGAUUGCUCCCAGAGUCCAGAACACACUGGCCCUGGACGAGGAGUGUUGGUCAAGUUGGUCCCCAGAGAGGUGGAUGUUUUGGGGGAAAGUCCACACGUAGCGGGCGCAGACUCCGCCUGAGACUGACUGUCUUCUCUUAAGGUCUCGGCCGUCUAAAAGUUCCUCUCAUUUCUGAAGAAGUCACUUUCCGAGCCAAAGUCGAUGAAUUUCAUUCACUUCAGAGAUUGUAUCUUUUUAGUACUUCUUGAGGACUUAUUCAGGGUAAAAGAUGUGUUAUGCUUAGAAACGGAAGAGUCCAAACAUAGCCACCGAGUGGGGCUCACAGACAAAACCAGAAAAGGUCAAACGCAGGCUCCGGGUGAGGGAGACACCACACCAGCUGCGCUGGGCCAGCAGGGACUAACACGAGGCAAUUCAAUGCAGACAGUGCUGGGGGGAGUUGGUAGGUUCCUUCCAGACUUUCUUUCUCAUGUGCUUCUUAUUUUAAGCAAACCAGAUAGGCUUAAAACUCUUCCUCAGUUUCCAGACCACUUUCAUGUUGCCCAAGAAAUACUUGAUCCACUCUGUCGAUUUUGAAAGAUUAUUUUCCCUUUCUUCGUGAAUCACAUUAACUACCUCCACCGAGCCUGGGAAGCCGGCCUGGGGACACAUCGGGUAUAUCCCUCAAACUUGGGGGGUGGGGGGAGGGAAAGCAAUGGGGCGUCAAGGAUAGGCAGGCUGGCUAAGUGGAAGGGGAGGUACCAUGGAUACCCCCAUUAAGAAAACAUAGCACCACCACCCUAGGAUUCGUCUCCUACAAAAGUCUCUAUUUUUGUGGGUACUUUACCCCUGCAAGCCCCAGUUUCCCCACCUGUAAGUAAUUGCACUAGAUCUUGUCUUGACAGGUCCUGAGAUUCCUCUGCUGUGGCCUUGACGUUUUUCGUAUCUUAUCUGUAGAGAAUGACAAGGGUCCGAAUUUUACUUACCGCAUGGAUGACGUGCUUUGGAACUCUAGAGAUGCUUUUUAUUUUUUACACUCCUAGAUCUUUUUUAUAGAGAACACAAUUGAAAUGCGUAUUACGAUGUAAUUUUCAGUUUGCUUGUUCUAUACAAACACGGCCUUGCCUUCUAGACUCAGCUUUUAACCAGGGACACGAUUCGCCUUUAUAAAAAAUCUUCAUUAAAAAAACAACAAAACAAAAAAACAAAAAAACAAAAGGUCUUCAUUUAAUUUCAAGAUAUUAGGCAUGGCAUCCAGGGAGGAACUGGCUGCUGACAGCUGUGAACUAUGAGCUGAGAGGAAUGGGUGUUGGGUGGGCAGACCUCAGUCUGGCACUUGGCUAAGUUGAUGCCAAAGGACCCACUCCCAUCCCAUUCACGUCUCCACGUAUGGGUUGGUAUGGUGAGUCAUGCCUGGAAGACUCUGCCAGGGGUUGCAUCUCUUCUUGGAGACUGCUGUGCUGUCAAUCACAGGCAGGGUGGGCCAUGAUUCAAAUCUGGAAGGGCUCCUUGGCCUCUGGAAGAAUUCUUUCCUGUCCAGGUUUGUCCUCGAUACUGAGAAUAGCUUGUCACUGCUCCUAAGUAAGUGAGGGUGCCAUGGGGUCCUUCCACAUGGCAGAGUCUGAGCUCAGGAUACAAGAGCUGGCAGGCUGCUGGAGGGGUCAGGGUGACCCAGGCGGUUGGUAAAGGAUGUUGACCAGAACAGGUGAGAAGUUAGAAGUCAGCCAGCAGGAUAGCGCUGUUCACUUGCUCUGCAGACAUGAGGAAGGCUGACAACCAUACGAGGGGACUCUGCAUCCUUGUCCCUCAUCCAGUGGGACAUCCCCAGGGACCAUGGUGUGUGGCUGUGCCUAUCCCCAUACAUAGCCUGGAUCCCAGAGAUGCUGUCUGGAUUUCUAUACCAUUCCCUUUUCUUCCUCCUCCCGUUCGUCUCAGUCAUGGUAGGAGAUACCCGGAAGUGUGCACCCCCCUGACACGUCUUAAAGUCAGACUUCCCUUGCAGUUGGGUUCCCUGGCAGCUUUCCUUUCCUCUCUAGUUGAGUUCCUUCAAUUGAACAAUUACAUUGGGUUAAAAGCUACCCCACCUCUUCACGUUAGCUGAUUAAAAACAAAAGUCCUCAUGUAGAAAACGAAGGCCCAAAGACAGAAUUUACCAGGACCUUGUCAGAGAGAGAGAGAGAGAGAGGCUGGUGGGGUCCUGUCGGGUUGAGGCUCAGAAAAGGCUGGAUGCAAGGGUGGGGCUGCUAGCCUGUCUAGCCCUUUUCUUUGUCCAUUGCCCCACCCCCCCAACACACACACAGCCUCUCCUACCUCCUUAAACUCUCUGUUGUUACUUCUAGGGAGUGGGGGAGGAGUCAGUGAACACUGCACACAGCAGGAGCAAAAAUCUCCCUUCCUCGCCUGGAGGUGAGGAAAGGCAACCAUUCAGAUCAGAAAAUGGAACAGAAAGCUUAGAAAGGUCAUUUUUUUUUUUUUUUUUUUUUUUUUUUUAAUUAACCCAAGGCCAGGGGCCAAUAUCUGCAAAGCAGAAAACACCCAAAUUUUCUGACAACAGAAAAACAGACUGGAGGUGAGCACCUUCCCUUGGGAGUGUCUGGGCACUGUGCAUGCAGUCCCUCUGGCUUCUCCAUCCCAUAGUCAUCCAUCAAACCUUCACUGAGCUGAUUUCCCCCGUUUUCCAGGCCCCGAGGCCAAGGAAGGGAUGUUCCUUCAGGGCUUACCCCAGUGGGCGGUUACUUCUCUCUCCUCCUCUGUGUAGCAUUGGGUUGGGGAGAGGCUGGCAAGGUGCUGAGGGUCUUCAGAGCCCCUGUCAGACAUCAGAGUCUCUGCUUUCUGGCGUUCCCAGCAGUCAUUGCUCAAACCAUGCAACAGGCUGACAGGGAUUAGACAGGUGUAACUCGGAUGCAGUGGCUGCCUACCUGGUCAGUCACUCUACCACUAAAGAGAAGGCGGAAGGGAGAGGUCAGUCUGCUCUCUGUCCCCUGAGGGAUUUACAUCCAAGUGCCCAUGAUGAAUAUCAUUAGCUCACCUUAGGCCAGCCUUGCCUUUGUCUCGGUGAGGGUGGGCCCAUUCUUUGCUAAAUUAACUGAGCUUCCCAAGACAGCACUAGUGGGCCACCUCAGGCCAGACUCACUGGUGUCAGUGUACUUUGUGAUUGAGUUGUCUAUCCGUGAUUUUGCACAUGCACUUAUGUGCACGCUCACAUGUGCACGUGUGCAGGCCUGCUCUCGAACAUGUCUGAUAGUGUUAUUCUGUGGCUUUCCCUUCAUGUCAGUAGCCUAGCAACCUCCAAGUCUUUACCCAUCACCUUACUCCAAGGAGGAAAGAUAAAAUUCAUCCAUGCCUAUGGCUCAGGAGACGAAGGACUCUAAUGGAAAACCCAUCAAGGCUAUUCGUGAAGAUCAACUAAAGGAGAAUGAGAAUGUGACAGACAGACAAACGGAACCCAGCAGGGGAGCUCGAGGAGCGGACUGUAUCAAUACCAAGCUAGAUACUCGGAAGGCAUAAAACUGCUAAUAAAGUAUUUUAUAUAA